ACCCCGAACGGAGAGAGAGAGAGAGAAGCCUGCCAAUUCAGCGGAGGAAAAAUUAGACCUACACCAUUGUCCACGCAUGCAUGCACGCACGCAAACCCACACGCACGCACGCACUCAUGCACACACUGGCCGGCUGGUUGGUUCGCGGCUCGCCUCUUCAGGUUCUUCUAUACACUCUCUUUAUCACGUUUUCUCGAUCACUUUCAUUCCUCCGUCCCUUAUUCUCUUCCCUCUUCUCCCUCUCCCUUUCUCGAUCAUUUUUAUUGUCUUAUUUCCCCUCGUUCCCUCUCUCUCUUCCCUUAUCACUUCUAUUCAUUUAUCAAUUCUUCUACCCCCCUUUUCCUCCUCCUCAUCUUUCCGUCAUUCUCUUCCUAUCACUAUAUCUUGUUUCUUUGUGUAUCUCUUUGAAUCUAGUUUUGUCUUAUUAUUAUUAUUAUUAUUAUCAUUGUUAUUACUUCAUCUUUUAUUCUUUUUCAUUUACUUUAUAUCUCAGUCCUUCUAUUUUCACGUGUCUUGCUCUGUUUCUUUUUCUCACACUUCUUCUUUGUUUAUUUCCAUCUACUUAUGGUGCGCCAGUGUCUUUAUGUCUGUCUGUCUGUCUGUCUGUCUGUAUGUGUGUCCGUCUCUCUUUCUUUCUAAUCCUACUUACACGCUCCACCAUAUCCUCUCACCUUCCUCCUUCCUUCGCUCUUUUUAAUUUUCUUCAUCCCUACCACUUUCAUCUCCAUUACCUAUUACACCCAUUUAUUUUCUGCCUAUUUUCACCUUUGUUCUUACUGUCCCAUUUCCUUCCAUUGAGUCAUUUCCUGUUUUACCUCUUGCCUCACUUCACAGAAUCUCUUUUCUUCAUCUACACCAUCAAAUUCUUUUCUAUUUUAUUCUUCGUCUACACCAUUAUCUUCUUUUCUUUAUUAUUUUUCGUCUAUACCAUCAUCUUUUUUUCUUUUAUUAUUCUUCAUCUACACCAACUUCGUUUCUUUAUUUAUCUUCAUCUACACCAUUA